UGCAUGCAUAUAUACAAAGCAAAUAUGCCGGGGCUCAUCACGUUGCCUGCAAUACAGCAUCGUCAGGGAAGCUUCUACCUUUGCAGCACUGAGAAGAUGAGCAUGCUCAAGCCUUUCCCUCACGGCCUCACCAUGCCGGCACAGGCGCAUCCAACCUGGUGUAGGAGCCGGGCUGCGGCGAGAGCUGGGAGGUGGGCCUGCAAGGUCACCGCGACAGCUAAUUUCGAGGGCACGGUGAUGGGGAUGGCGGCGCAAGAGCAGGCGGAGGCGGAGGUGGUGCGGGGUCUGAGCCUGAGCGGCUGGGUGGAGGAACAGCUGCUGCCGCUGCUCACCCCGGUGGACGACGCGUGGCAGCCCAGCGACCUGCUCCCCUGCUUUUCCCUCUCUGCAGCUGGCCUCUCCGACGAGCAGCAGCCGUCGAUGAUGAUGACGACGGAGGAGCUGCAGGCCCAAGCCUCCGGCGUUCCGGAUGACGUGCUGGUCUGCCUGGUGGGCAACAUGGUAACGGAGGAGGCGCUGCCGACGUACAUGUGCAUGGGCAACCGGGUGCCGGGCUACCGCGACGACACAGGCUGCAGCGACCUCCCCUGGGCGCGCUGGAUCCGCGGAUGGACGGCCGAGGAGAACCGCCACGGCGACCUCCUCAACCGCUACCUCUACCUCUCCGGCCGCGUCGACAUGCGCCAGAUCGAGCGGACCGUCCACCACCUCCUCCGCAAUGGCAUGCAGAUGCUCAGGCCGUCCAGCCCCUACCACAAUGCCGUCUAUGGUUCCUUCCAGGAGCGCGCAACCUUCAUCUCCCACGCCCACACCGCCAAGCAAGCUGCGUGCCACGGCGACCGCUGCCUCGCUAAGAUCUGCGGCGUCGUCGCCGCCGACGAGAAGCGCCACGAGACGGCCUACACCAAGGUGGCCGCCAAGAUCUUCGAGCUCGACCCGGACGGAAUGGUGCGGGCGCUGGCCGCCGUGCUGCGGGACAAGAUCACCAUGCCCGGCCAGCUCAUGACCGACGGCCGCGACGCCGACCUGUUCGAGCACUUCUCGGCGGUGGCGCAGCGCACCGGGGUGUACACGGCAAGGGACUACGGCGACAUGGUGGAGCACUUCGUGCGGAGGUGGAAGGUGGCGGACCUCGGCGGGGGGCAGUUGUCCAGCGAGGGGCGGCGCGCGCAGGAGUACGUGUGCGGGCUGCCGCGCAAGAUCCGGCGGGUGGAGGAGCUGGCCCACGACCGUGCGAUCAAAGCCGCAAAAGAGGCCGAGUUCGCAAGGUUCAGCUGGGUCUUCGACAGGCCAGUCUGCAUCAGAGCCUGAUCUAGCCGUCCAUCUACCAAAUUCGACCCCUAGAAAAUCUUCUAAAUCCCAAGGCCAUGAGUCACAAGCAGCGGCACCAGGAUGAGGAUCGUCAUAAAAGAAUCUGGUAGAGCCAAGUUUAUACAGUGAACGUACCCUAUAUGUUUUUGUGUGAAGUGAUGGUAAUGUCUUUUUUUUGUUGAGGGGGUGAAGGUAAUGUAUGUGUGAGCGACUGUAUGCAUUUCUGUUGUGUGUGUAUGUGCAGCAAACUCAGCUAAAUAAUUAGCUGCAAUCUAUUUAUGCGUUUGUGUUGGUUUC